AAGAAGAAGACGGGCUUUCUUUAAAAUUUUUUUUUUCUGAGUGGCGGGCCUUUGGCAUUUAUCGGGGUUUUUUUUUUUCCUUGUUUGCUCAUCACCAACCACUGAUCCCCCACAUACGGGCAAUGAAAGAAUAUCAAGACAAGAAUACACAUUACAACACAUCAAAAAUGACUUUCUGGCAACAGCAGUUAAAUCAAUCAAUAAAUUACUGGCAGUGUCAACCAGUGAAUCUUCUAGGAUCUUUUCAGCUCCUGAAUAAUUUUCCCCUUUACUGGAUCGAAGUUCUUCUCAAAGACUUUGGUUUCAAAGAUUUGGCCAAAUUAGUUGAGUUUAUCAGAGAACAAGAGUCCACGUAUUUGAUGGCUUUCCGCCUACCGCCAGAUUUUGAUGACACUUUUGUGAACUUGGCUCUGGGGUCACUGCUGCAUCAGCAGAAAGAUGAAUUCCCGGUUGCCUGGUCACAAUGGAGGAGCCAUAAUCCAAACAUCACCUCAGUAUUUGAUGCCCUGAAGAAAUAUGCUUACAGACCUUUCUCUUCGGAUCCCACCCUGAAUUCUAUUGAUCCAAGAACAUACUUUCAUAUCAGAGGAUUCCUUGACAUCGCUCAGGUAAAUGGACAGGAUGUUGCCCUUGUUCCUACAUGGAUCCAGAAUGUAGACGAAGAGCGUAAGGAGUUUUACCUUGGAGUUGCCAUGCCAUUUGGAAUUAACAACAUAGAUGUGACUGUUUCAGCAAACACUGUCUAUAGUAUCACCUCAGGAGUCCUCACUGGUCUGCUAAGCCCUGAAACCCUGGAGGACCCAGUCAUAGAGCAAAUAUACCACAACACAUCCAUGCUAAUUGCCUAUGAGAUCAGGAAUAAUUUCUCAGGCCGACCUGACCUGGCAUUGACCUACUACCCUUCCCGUAUGGAAUUCUACUGGUUUUUUACCAGAACUGUCGCUGUACUGGAGACAUACAGGAGAAAUAGAACUCUUCCCUUCGAGGUUAUGGAGACAGUGUACAAAAUGUUCCGAGAUGUUGCAGAAACACACAUGACCAAAAACAUUUUGGACCUGGCUGAACGAGACAAAGCAGGGAGAGUCUACUUUGAUGAUUUCCUUGGUGAUGGAGAUGUCACCUUUGGGGGAAGACCUUUGAAUCGGGCAGAAGAUAGAAUAUUUACAACAUCUAUGGCAGCCCUAGCCUUGAUGUCUGCCUGGAGUUAUUACGACAGUUUCUCCAGAAAAUCUCACUGGAAACAAGGAACACCCCGGAUCGUUCUAGAGACAGUGGCAGGCUGUAUAAAGUGGCUAAGACAGUAUUCUCUUAGCAGGGACUUCAAACCAUGGAAUGCAUUCUUCUCAGGAUCUACAAAAAGUUUUGAGACAUUACCAUUCUGGUAUCCUGGCAACAGAUUAGAAUAUCUCAAUGGAACAACUAUCUCUAACUGGACAGACAUUCCAAACUCCACCUUCAUAUAUGCAGUUCAAGAGAAACAUUUUGGCUAUCCCACACCAACAGAAUUUCAUGGAUACAACAAUAAUUCAGAGAUGUUUCCCAUGUGGUCGUCUGUAUCUUAUACAUACUCAACUACAUUACUGGCUGUGUCCAAAUUUAAUGAAACUGUACUUUAA